AUGGUAGGACACCCAACUGAUAUGUGUCUUACUCUGCAAGAAGAAGAAGUGAAUUCGAUUGGUGGUGCAAGAGACAAGAAGUGGUCUAAAGAACUUAAAAACCAAGUUUCUCAGUUAGCUAACACAGUGGGAAAGCUCCAAGCUCAGAACUCUAAUAAGCUUCCGAGUCAACUAGAGAGAAAUCCAAAGGAGAACGCGAGUGCAAUAUCACUUAGAAGUGGUAAGCAAUUAGAGGUUCCAGCGAAAAAGACUAAAGGGAUGACAGAACACCAAGAGGAACAGGAGACUAUUGUUCAAAGCAAGAUAAGCAGCCCACUAAGGUUAUCAUCUAAGAAUAAGAAGAAAGAGCACGAAAAGGAGAAAGAGACCCUAGACAUUUUAUGUAAGGUUGAGGUAAACAUACCUUUACUGGAAGCUAUAAGACAAGUGCCGCGGUAUGCAAAGUUCUUGAAGGAGUUAUGCACUAACAAGAGGAGAUUGAGUGGAGAUGAAAAAAUCAGUGUAAGUGAGAAUGUGUCUGGUGUUUUACAGAGGAAAGUUCCUCCAAAGUGCAAGGAUCCAGGACCUUUGAAAGACACUCGAGUGAUUAUUCAGCUUGCUGAUCGUUAUAAUUUAUACCCUGUAGGAGUAGUUGAGGAUGUUUUAGUGCAAGUGAAUGGACUGGUAUUUCCUGCUGACUUUUAUGUUUUAGAUAUGCCAAAUGAUGAAUCCCCUAGUGCAACACCUAUCUUAUUAGGAAGACCUUUUCUGAAAACAUCUAGAACUAAAAUUGAUGUUCACAGUGGGGUGUUGACCAUGGAAUUCGAUGGGGAGGUUAUCCGGUUUAAUUUAUUUGAUUGCAUGCGAUAUCCCUCUAAUUGUGAAUCUGUUUCCAGUAUAGAUGUCAUUGAUACACUAACUGAACAAGUAUUUUUUCUCUCUGGUCAUGAUGGGUUAGAUGUUGUUUUGACCGAGCCUAUGGAAAAAGAAAAGUAUGCUGACUUGCAAGAACAUUUUGAGCUUAAGGGGGAAGUUAAGGAAGCUUUUUCCUCUCUGGAAAUACUUCCCGAUAAGAAAUUAAGGUAUGACAAACGAUUUAUGCAGUUACCUGUCACAUCUAACAGACUUCUGCCUUCUAUUGUACAGGCCCCUGAAGUGGAACUAAAGCCAUUGCUAGACCAUCUCAAGUAUGCAUUUUUGGGAGAAAAUGACACUCUACCAGUCAUAAUCGCGAGUAAUCUAACUCCGACUCAAGAGCAAAAGCUGGUGUAA